UGUGUGGUGUGUGUGUGUGUGUGUGUGGUGUGUGUGAUGUGUGUGUAAAUCUCGCCCUGUUUCCCUCCGCGGUCACGGCGUUGUUUGACACAUGUAGCCGCUGGAAUCCCGUGUUCAGCCCCUGGACAGCUCCUGAUCGAGAACCUCUUCUCUUAUUAUCGGGCACAUGGAGUCCCUGGUGUGAGUGUAGUGGGAAGCCCUGCCAGAACAUCAUGCCUCCCUCCCGAGAAGGGGUUACCUUGCUGAUCCAGUGGCAGCCUCGUCGUCUCCUCUGAACGAUGCAGCUUUCAGUCCGGAGGAGGUGUUUUCGUGCUGCGCUGUCUUCUGAGAGGCGAUACGGGUGCUGCUCGGCCAACGCAGAUUUGAGGGGAAUCGCAGCCUACACACAGCGAGAUCCGAGCAUCCUUCACACUGAUCAUCAUCAUAACCAUCAUCGGCGAGAAGGGAGAUAUUACCAUCAUCACCGCGAGGGCAAAGGAGUCACGACCACUUACACAAUGUAGAAAACAUAAGAGGUUUGGAAGGAGCCAGGUCUCUGGAGUGGUGAAAUCACAUUUCACACUUUGGGUCAUUUAGUGUGGACGUCUAUCUUCAACAUAGGACCUCAACAUGAGCAACCCCCAGGCUCCUCCAAAGUCCAGGGUCUCGGAGCUGGAGGUGAUCUCCCAGCAGGUGGAGGAGGACAACCAGGCCCCUGUCCAGCUGGUCAGCUUCGCCUACAGAGACCUACCUUUGGCCGGCAUGGACAUUUCCCUGGCUGGAUCCCAGCUCAUCUCGAACCCGGACGAGGAGGACAACAGGGAUGGGUCCAACUGGCUGAAGCCCUGCUGCGGGCGGAGGGCCGCGCUGUGGCAGGUCUGUCUGCUGUCGGCAGGCUUCAACUGUUUCCUGGUGGCCUGCGUAAUCUUGGUGGUGGUGCUGCUGACCCUGGAGCUGCUCAUUGACACCAAGCUGCUGCAGUUUAAUAAUGCAUUCCAGUUUGCCAGCAUCAUCCACUGGAUCAGUCUGGCCAUUCUCUCCGUGUUCUUCACCGAGACAGUGUUCAGGAUCGUGGUGCUGGGGAUAUGGGAUUACAUAGAGAACAAAGUAGAGGUGUUUGAUGGAGCUGUCAUCGUCCUCUCUCUGGCCCCCAUGGUGGCCUCCACAGUGGCCAACGGCCCCAGCAGCCCCUGGGAUGCUAUUGGUCUGAUCAUCACACUGCGCAUCUGGAGGGUGAAGAGGAUCAUUGAUGCCUAUGUGCUGCAAGUGAAGGUGGAGAUGGAGCUGGAGAUCCAGCAGUAUGAGAAGGCAAAGGCGGUGAGGGACGAACAGCUUGACCGUCUAACCCAGAUCUGCCAGGAACAGGCAUUUGAAAUCCGGCAGCUGAGGGCCCACCUGGCGCAGCAGGACCUGGAUCUGGUGGCAGAGCGUGAAGCGGCCAUGCAGAUCCACCACAUGUGGGGUAAACAGAGCAGCAGUUUCCAGGAGAUGGACGGCCUGGCCCCUGGGGCCUCCGAGCAUCACGGGCCAGCUAAAGCUAGAGAGCCCGGGGGGGCUGCAGAUCACCAUGGUCAAGAUGACAUGAACAACUACAUCAGCCAGUACUACAGUGAGCAAAGCAGCGACAUGGGGAUCCCAGACCCAGCGCGUGUCAUCACGACAGCAGCCAUAGAUGUGCACCUGCCGAACAACCACAGCCAGCUCCCCUCCUCUCUGGUGAGCGUGGACGCGGUGCCGUCCAGCCGCCUGCAGCGCACCGGCAGCUCUGUGAGCGAAGCCUCCACCACCACGGUGUCCCGCAGCAGCUUCAGCGCCCGGCAGCACAGCGUCAGCAGCCACACGCUGGGCUCCACCACGGACUGCAGCUCCACGGUGAGGGAGGCCUCCACCUCCACGGAUUACAGCGACCAGCGCUGCUACCCGCCACCCUACAGCAGCCCUCUGGCCCUGGGCCCUCAGCCGCGAGGGACCCCCAGCGCUGUGAUGCAGGAGCUGCUCUCCUCUCUGACCGAGAACUCCUGCCUCGCCCAGAAAGGCCUGGACCCUGUCAACCUUAAACCGCCCAGCCCCACAGGCUCCACCAAAACCAGCCCCGAGCUGGAGCACAGGCUCAACAUCUACAACAAGAGGAACCAGGAGAGCCGGGUGGGGCUGCACUCCAAGCCCCUCAUCCACCUGCAGGGCAACGAGCAUCUUCUGGAGGAGAAGUACAGGAUGAUGGAGAAGGUAGACACUCCGGUCCACCGCCUGUCAGAGACAUAGAACUACGCCUGACGUGUGCAGCUUCACAGGACUCGAUUUUAAAACGCUCAGCUUAACUCCGGUGUUGUUGGGAGUCACUGGCAUAUAAACAGUUUGUCAAUCAUCCUCUUUGUACUGUUGGGACUGAGAGGAUGAGCCUGCCAGAACAGCACAAAAACAUGAAACACUGGAGGACGCGAGUCGUUAUCAGGCACCACUUAUCAGGAAUUGACACUCACAGAAACACGUUUUGAGUUUUAUGAAAUAUUUUACCAAAAGAAACCAGCAGCAGGGCUCAAGCCCGACAUUUUCCGACAACUGGU